AUGCCUGAUGACCUCUUUAACAAUGUGGCUGAGCUAGCUCGGACCUGUUUCCUGGCGGGUUGUUAUGGUUAUGUGUCUUUGUAUUCAAAGCCUUCAGAUACUAAAAUUGAUAACAUCACUGAUAAUAAUGCUGAAGGUAAAACAUGUUCUGUGAGAAACAAGGAUGAAAUAUCAUUUCAAGAGUCUGAAGAAGAACAUUCAAAAGUCUGUGAUAUUAGUUCAGCAUCCAAUACUCCAAAACAACAGCCCUCAUUCCAGGACUCUGGGGAGCUAUGUGACAAAGAUCUACCUAAGAUGGACUCUGCUGAGAGGCUUAAUUCAUCUGAUGAGGAUGUGUGUACAUUUAUGCGGAAUUAUUGUUUUCUGCUUGAUUUGUGCAAGAUAAGGGAAAAUCUACACAGUUACCAAGGAAACUUGUUCCAGUUUUGGUGUACCUACACCAGAUGUUUACAUGAGUUUUACAAGAAAGACAUAUUUUUUGUGAAGUUGAUGAAUAAGGAAGUCCAUUAUGCAGUAGACAUAUUGAGGACUGGAAACUACUGUACAGAAAAAGUGCUUUCCUGUGUCACCAAGUUGUUUGAGGAGAACCUAGACCGAGCCUUGGAGAUCUGUCAGGACAGUCCACAUAUACAGCCCCUGGAUGUGUACUUCAUGUGUCAGUACCACAGUCAGUCUGUCAGCCAGUAUUUCUAUCCUUAUAUGUACAACAGGGUUAAUGACACCAUUACAACUAACAGACAUGGUGACUCUGUGUAUGGUCAUUCCCUUGUUCGUUUGAAGUGGCUGGAAAUGUUGUUAGUGGAGAACAGACCAGCUGAUGACUUGAUUGGACAGGACAAUCUACCAAGGCCAGGAAGUCAUUUAGCAGACUGGAAAAAGCCUGAGUUCAUCAUCCAUGUCCUAAAUGCUGCAGAAGAUGAUAUGGAGAGAGAGGAAUUUCUGGGACUAUUGCAUUCUUCCGGUUUCUGGCGUGGUUACCUACAGUUGCUACAGCAACUACAAAGAAGGGAGGAUAUCUUUACUACCAUUGUACACUUAGGUGACAUCAGUCUAUUUAGCAGCAAAUACAAUUAUGUGCCUCAGACAAAGGAGGAGUGGACUUUUGUCGUUCAUCUGUUACACAGACAGUACAUGUCACUACAGUCUAGUCAUAGCACUAGUGGUGCAUUGUUUAAAGAUCAACCAGCUACUAAAGGGGCAGUUUCAAAAGACAAUAGUGAAAAGUUACAGGCCCAUCCAGUGGAGAAAGUGAAAGUGUCAAAUAAAAAUAGUGAAAAUCCGGAUUUAGAAAUAAAGAAGCCUAGUAUGAGUGAAUUUAUCCCAAACACAAGUGUAAAGAGUCCUGGAUAUACAUCUCAUAUUCCUUGGGAGGACUUUGCUUCAUUGAUGUUGUGCCACCUUGGACCUGUUGCCACGGUGACCAUUCUUCAGGAACUGGACAUUCAUCAGGGACAAUUGUCUGCAUAUUUUCAUCAGUCGGCCCUGAUUACUAUGUUACUGAACAGAACUAAACGCAAUGUGACUCAUAAUUUCCUCGAGAAGUUGGACUCAUACCUGUGGGCCAAGAAACCAACUACUCUAAUGCCUGAGCUGCGGUACUGUGUGAUGCAGGAGAAGAUGGCAAAGGGUACAUCACAAAGGGACAGAGAUAGUUUGAUUUCCUACAUGCCAGAAGCUGCCCAGCCCUGUGAAAGAUAUCAGGAAGACAGAGAAAGUCAAUGGGGCAUCAGUGCUAAGUUGUCCAGGAGUUGCAUGUGUUGUAAUUUAUCCCUGACUGAGGCAGUUUCCCACGUCGAGCCUGGCAUCCUGACAUUCCAAUGUGGCCAUUUGUUUCACCGACUGUGUGUUCCAGAGAAGAUGUGCCUCCUGUGUGGCCUUCCUUCACAUCAACAGCCUACACAUGUGUAAUGAUUAUUCUGUUCUCACCUGACAUGCUGUUACAGGUGUGUGACAUUCACCACAUUACAAUGUUACCAAUGUGACACUUGUUUUCCUUAUUUGGGAUUCAUUGAGACCUAUACUUUGGAGAUACAUUGCUUGUGAACUAUUUUGACUUGUAUGUCUAAUGUGAUAAGUAUGAUAUAUUUAUGACACCACCACAUAUGCCAACAGUGGAUAACACACUGAUGAGUGACAAGCAGCUAAAGGGGAGCCUCUGGAGGCAUUCUGUCUGUACAUUCCAUUUUGAUACUAAAGAUAUAUAAACUUGAAUCAUGUAUGUUGUAUACUACAAUGUGUGUAGCUGUGAUUUUCUUUGCUCCUCCUUUGAAUUCUUUUCGAUAGUUUGUGACUCCUGACAACACUUGUAACCUUACUGAUGAGAUCACAGGAAGCCGUGGUCCAUCUGACAUUUCACCUAUCAAACCUUCUAACCCGACGACAUUGCUAUGGAUUAUAAAUGUGUCCAUCAGAAAAACUUUAUAACAUUGCCUUCUUUUCUCCUGAUUAAUUAGUAAACACUUGGAAGUCCAUUCAAUAAAAUAACACAAGCAUUAAGACGUAAUAAGAAAUGGAUUUUUUGACACCC